AAGGGCUUUGUUGAACUUUGACCCGUGUCGGAGCCCGGUCGGGCUGCGCGCUUGUGUUGUGCUAGGUCGGCGGUCGGCCCGCACCGCGCGGCGGCCGCGCCCACCGGCGCAAGCGAACGUGAAAAAGUAUGACCCGUUCUUACACAUAUGAGAUCGCUAUAUAAGUCUUAGCCUACUCACUUUGCUCUCAUUUCGGCUCACGCUCAACUUUGGCUAAUACAUCAAUAUAUUUGGCGGAAUCAACUAAUUUUUUAUGAGAUACAAACUUUGUAUGAUAUAGAUUUUAGGCAAAUAUUACCACAGAGAUAAAAAAAAAUCUAAAAAUGAAUACGGUAAUAUUGGCGGUAGCGUUGACGCUUACGAGUGUGUGCGCGUAUCACGAUCCGGAUCUUAACUACCACUUGAGCCAAUUGCAAGCCGCGCCGAACUGUGACAACGGCCACACGGGCUCCGGUCCCGGGUACUCGUAUCUGCCACCAGCCGUUCAGCUCACCACCGCGGGAGUAAAAGUGGCUGGUCCUGUAGUCUCGCAACAACUGCUCUCAGCCCCUGCGUAUCAGUAUUCUGGAUCAAGCAGCUAUCACGCAGGAGCUGCAUACCAAGCCGCAGCAGGAUAUCAAGCAGGAGCAGCCUAUCAAGUUUCUGCACCCAUUCAACAGCAACUUACACCGGCAUUCCAAACCUCAUCACUGGUCUCGCACGCAAAUGCUGCACCUGCAUACUCAACCCAAAGAGAAUUUCACGGCUACGCCACCUCCGCCGGCUUAUCUGCAGCAGCCUCUUCUGGAAAAACAGUGACACCUCUCGCAACGUACGCUCAGGCGCCUAUCAUUGCCAAAGUGACAGCAGCUCCGCUGAUUGCCAGAUUUACGUUGGCUGCGCCCAAAAAUAACUUUGUGUCCCAGAACUUAGUGUCGCAACAGGCGUCUUACGCUGCCGGGUCAGCAGCAGCGUACAGUUCGGAGGAGACGGCUAGCCCAGUUGUGGCGCAGGUGUAUGCGGCUCCAUCUGCUGGGUACGCGACAUCGCCCGCCCUAAGACAACAGACUCCCCAACUUUUUGAGCCGUCACGAUACACUGUAGCGCAACCUGCUGUAUCUCAGUAUAGAGCAGCCCCGAUUUCUGGAUUGACACCCGUCGCGCCGGUGGCCUCGCAAUACCGAGCGCCAGUGAUAGCUCAAUACCAGUCUGCUCAGCUCGCCCCCGCUGUAUCCCAGUACGCUGGACCAGCAGUUGCGCAUGUCGCGCCUGCAGUAACCCAGUUCGCUGCUCCAGCUAUCUCCCAGCACUCGGGUCAAUCGGCGGCGUACUCCACGUCGUCCGUCAGCCAUCACUCCGGCGGGAGCAUCGCGCAGUACGCCGCGGCGCCGGUGGCCGUCAACCACAACAUCGCCGUGGCCGCUCCAGCGAGGAUCGCCCAUGUCAAAAAUGUUCACACGGACUUCCUGCAGAAUUAUGACGCCCAUCCUCGCUACGCGUUCGAGUACGCCGUGAACGACCCGCACACUGGUGACAUCAAGCACCAGAAAGAACAACGCGACGGAGAAGUCGUCAAGGGUCAGUACUCGCUGGUGGAGCCGGACGGGUCCGUGCGGACUGUCGACUACGUCGCCGACUGGGAGACCGGUUUCCACGCUAACGUGCGCAACGAUAGACACCACUAGUGCCCUAAAUGGACGAUGGGGAUUACGUCAAUGGAUUACAAUAACAGUGCACUCGAAAAACUGACCGAGGAAAGCUAUUUAAAGAGAUUUCCGCGUACAAGCAGUUAAACUAGAGGCGAAAGAGUAUCAUAUAGUAACCUCUAAUUAAGUUUGUUCGUAAUAAUUUUGCAUAUGAAGCUUACAUUUCCUUAUACCUAGGUUCUUCUGAAGUGAACGUUUGCUUCCGCUCUGCAAGAAAUGGGAAAUACGCACAGGAGCAUUAAUUUAGGCGCAUAAUAUUGCUGGCGCCUUAUCCUUUGACAGACAUGUAAUAAAAACAAGUAAAAUGAGGACUUAUUUUAAAUUUUAGCUGAGAAAUAGUUUUAUUUGAUGUCGAAAAGUCAGGUCAAUUUGCAAACUACCUAAGUAUUUUUCAGUCCCUGCAAAAUAAAAUAACGAAUAGCUUGAUUAAAUUUACACAUUAGGUACAUAAUAUUCAGCAUUUAAUAAAACUUCAAUUGAAUAACAUAAGUGCAAUGUGCAAAUAGUGCAAUGUAAUGUAAUGUAACAUAUAUGACUUUUAGAAAUUGUUAACAUUUAGGUAAGUACUUACUGAUGUGUGAAUUCUAAUAACGUGAUUUUAUUGUACCUAUUAGCUAUGCUAGAUUUCCUUUUUAAUUUCGUAAGAAAUCGGAAAUUAUUACUUAUUAAGGAUUUUAUGUGGAUAGGCUGGUGCCAUAACUUCUGGCCCUUUUCCAAAACAGGACGCGCCUACUUUUUUAUUUAUCAAUAGUUCCGAAGUUAAUCAAUCAGUAAUCAACUGACAUGGCCGCAAUGUUUGUUUUAAUUUAUAAUUAAUAAGUAUGCAUUGCGUGUACGCAAUAAGCCGCACAUGUCGUUUCUACUUGAGAAAUAAGUAUAUGUGACCAAACAGAAUUUUUAUGGUGCCGUAGAUUCAGACAGCGGAGUUUUUUUAAAAAACGUACCGCUUUUUUAGAUGACAAUCAGUUGAUAACCAUUUUAUUAGCAAUUUUGAGGAUUUUCUCUAGUGACUUAAUCUAUUCGAAUCCUGUUUUUUUUACUAGAUAGAAAAAAUCACAAACAUAGGUCAAUAACGCACUUUAAAAAUUUGUAACUGAAAGUGUCCGGCAAAAGGAUAGAUGUAAUAAAUAACCCAUUAUGGAAAUCUCGGAAUCCCACUACGCUAUUAAUUCAUUCAUUUUUAUUUAAACGCCGUAACAGACUACCGCAGUGGGGUAUUCGGUUACGGCUAUAAUACUUUUAACGCGAGGCGCAUCCGGAGUUCCAUUGAAUUCGUUUCUAGUAACUCGAGUUACUCGAGUAAUCCAAACUAAAAUAGUUCUCAAGUUAUUCUAAUAGUGACCUAGGUAGUUUAUAUGUGCUCUUUAGUUUGUAAGUAAUUUAAUGUAAGAUUUUUAUGUGUAUCUCAUGUAAGUAUUAUCAUGUAAGUAUUAUUAUACAUAGUACAUUGUGUACGAAGGUAUCGAUUGAAUAAAACAUAGCAUUUUGUAAACAAAAUACAUAUAUUGUAAAAAUUGUAAACAAUAAACAAAUUUAUAUUA